AUGCCGGGACGGGUCCUACCGACCUUCACGACCGCCGAGGUCGAGGCACAUAACAAUGCCAAAUCUUGCUACAUCACAAUCGGGCGCAAUGUUUACGACGUCACGGAUUUCGUGGAAGAUCAUCCCGGUGGAGGAGACUUGAUUCUGGACUACGCAGGAAAAGAUGUCGCAGAAAUCAUGAAAGACGAAAUCACUCACGAGCACAGCGAGGCCGCCUACGAAAUUUUGCAAGACUACCACAUUGGCUUCCUGGCGCCCAACGGCGCUGCUUCUGGCAAGGGAAGGGCCUCUGGCGUCGAUGUCAAUGAGACUGGAACUGAGCAGACUUUUCAAACCACCGGAAUGUCGCGGGAAGAAGAUCUUUCUGUUGACACAGACUAUUCUCAAGAUUUCAAAACCCACAAAUUCUUGGAUCUGAGCAAGCCUCUCUUUCCUCAGCUGUGGUACAGCAACUUCUCCAAGGAGUUCUACCUGGAGCAGAUCCAUCGACCCCGUCAUUACAAGGGUGGAGAAUCUGCCCCGCUAUUUGGAAACUUCCUGGAGCCUCUUAGCAAGACGGCGUGGUACGUCGUGCCCAUCCUUUGGUUGCCGCCCGUUCUGUAUGGAACUACAAUUGGAACAGCCGGUCUGUCAAAUUCUCUUGCCGCCGCCGCAUACUGGAUUGGUGGUGCCUGUCUUUGGUCUUUGAUCGAAUACCUCUUGCAUCGCUUCCUCUUCCACGUUGACAAAUGGCUUCCUGACAACCGAGUCGGUCUCACCCUGCAUUUCCUGCUCCACGGUAUCCACCAUUACUUGCCUAUGGACAAAUAUCGACUAGUCAUGCCGCCCACCAUGUUCGUUGUCCUGGCUGCUCCUUUCUGGAAAUUGGCGCAUACAAUUUUCUUCUACAACUGGUUCGCGGCCGUGCAGGUGUUCUGCGGGGGUGUAUUUGGAUACAUCUGCUAUGACUUGACCCAUUAUUUCCUUCAUCACCGCAGUCUUCCAUCCUACUACAAGGAACUGAAGAAGUACCAUCUACAGCAUCACUAUGCAGAUUUCGAGAAUGGAUUCGGUGUUACUAGCCGAUUUUGGGAUCGAGUCUUCGGUACUGAGCUGGAGGCCCCAGCCCCUAAGGGUUCUAAGGCACAGUAG